CGUGCUUAGUUCUCUUUCUUUCACGUUGUUCUUGAAAUCUAGUCUUUAAACGCUGUUCUGCGCAAUCCUUCACCAAGCAAAAUGGUUAGGGAAGACAAGGCAACAUGGAAGACAAAUUAUUUUAUGAGGCUAAUUCAAUAUAUGGAUGAAUUUCCUAAGAUGUUUCUGGUAGGUGUGGACAAUGUAGGGUCCAAACAGAUGCAGCAGAUCCGUCAGUCUCUGCGUGGUAGAGCUGAAAUUCUCAUGGGCAAGAACACCAUGAUAAGGAAGGCCAUCCGGGGACACUUGGAAAACAAUCCUGCCUUGGAAAAGUUGAUCCCUCACAUCAAAGGCAAUGUAGGCUUUGUCUUCACCAAGGAAGAGCUCACAGAUGUGCGGGAUCUUAUCCUGGCAAACAAAGUGGCAGCCCCAGCUAAAGCUGGAGCAAUUGCCCCUCUGGAUGUGUUUGUUCCAAAGGGAAACACUGGCCUGGGUCCUGAGAAGACAUCUUUUUUCCAGGCGUUGGCCAUUCCAACCAAGAUUGCCAGAGGAACCAUUGAAAUCUUGAAUGAUGUACAUCUGAUCAAGAAGAGUGAAAAAGUGGGAGCAUCAGAGUCCACCCUGUUGAACAUGUUGAAGAUCUCUCCAUUCUCGUAUGGUCUUGUCAUCCAGCAAGUGUAUGAAAGUGGAGCUUGUUUCUCACCUGAUGUGCUGGAUAUUACUUCUGAAGAUAUCUUGUCUCGUUUUGUUGAGGGUAUUGUGAAUGUUGCAUCAGUUUCACUUGAAAUUGGCUACCCAACAGUAGCAUCUGUUCCACAUUCAAUCAUCAAUGGCUUCAAGAAUAUUGCUGCUGUUGCUGUGGAAACUGAGAUCACAUUCCCACAAGUUGAGCAGCUCAAAGCUUUCCUGGAGAAUCCAGACGCAUUUGCAUCUUUGGCACCUGCUGCGGAUGCAGCUGCUGCUGCUGCUCCUGCUGAGGAGGCCAAAGAGGAGAAGAAAGAGGAAGAAGAAGAAGAAGAAAGUGAUGAUGACAUGGGAUUCGGACUGUUUGACUAACCAGUUACAUGAAAACCAUCUCAGAUUAAAGCAGUUGAAACAAUCA